AUGGCGUUUAAGCGAAAAUCUCAAGCUACCUCCCUCGCCUCCUCCUCGAGGAAAGUUCGCAAACCCCAUAAGCUAACGGAGAAGAUCCUGAAGGAAGCGUAUGCGCAGCAAAGAGAGGUCGAGGAUGAAGAGAACGCCGAGAAAAUUCCUAUGGCCGCCUUUUUCAAGAAGGCAGUGUAUGGUUUGAAAGAUGGUAUCGAUGAUUUUGAUGAGCAAUCGCAAGAGUUUCAGAGCGAAAUUUACUACCAAGAUAUGGCCAGCUGCGAGAAAGAAGAGGACAAGUUAUUACUAGAUGCAUUCUUUCACAAGGAUGGGGCUUCAAUAGCAAAACGUCUCUCUAAUGCUAUUGCUACUUCUAAUUCUGUCAAUGAGCUUGAAGAUAAAGAUGUUGCUGCUACAGGUUCAGCUUCUCUUUCAGUAACUACUACUCCCAUGUCUAAGUCUAGUGCCAUUGACUAUUUUGAAAGACUAUGCAGGCUGGGAAAGUUUAUGAGUGUAUACACACAUGGGAAAGUGCCGAAAUUUCUUAACCAUAUUACUAGACUUGAAAAUUGGGAUAGUUUAUUGAAGUUGAGCCAACCAGAGAAUUGGUCUCCCAAUGCCAUGUACAAGGCUACAAACAUGUUUGCCUCCAGCACCAAAGCUGAACGCUUCUAUGAGCUUUUUCUUCUUCCUAGGGUGAGACAAGAUAUCAGAAACCACAAAAAGCUACAUUUUUGUCUUUACCAAUCUUUGAAAAAGGCACUGUUCAAGCCCAAAGGAUUCUACUGUGGAAUCAUAAUUCCCCUGUGUAAGUCUGGAACAUGCACCGUCACCGAAGCUAAAAUUAUAGGGAGUAUAAUGCACAAGUUUUCUAUCCCUGAAAAUAUUUCAAGUGCCGCCUUGGUAUGUUUGGCGGAGAUGGAGUUUCUUGACACAACAAGUUACUUCAUGAAAGUUGUUUUGGAGAAGAAAUAUGCGCUUGCGCAUCUGGCUAUUGAUGCGGUGGCUGCUCAUUUCUUGAGAGUUCAUAAAGAGACAAAACUUAUGCCGGUCAUUUGGCACCAAACUCUUCUCGCCUUUGUGCAACGGUACAAGCAUGAACUAAAAAAGGAAGAUAAAAAGAAUCUCACAAGUCUACUUGAGAAGCAAAAUCACAAACUUAUUACUCCUGAAAUUGUGAGAGAGCUUGAGGGUAGCAGAAACCGCGGAGAGAAGGAGGAUAAUUCACAUUCAGCUUCUACUAUCAACAACAAGCCGAUCAAAGAAGACUUCUUUGACAUGCCACAAGUUCCAAUGGAAGAAGACUAG